CUUCCCGUAGUCUCUCCAGAGUCCUUCCUUCUUCUCCAAGAACUCCGGCGACAUCCAAUAGCCACCGUUAUCUCUUCCGUUCUAUAUAUUUUCCUCUAAUUAACCCUAAUUAUCUCUUAAUAUUGUCUGUAAUUUUGCUUACUUGCGAAGCAAUUUAAACGUGCAACAGAUGGAGGGUUCGUCGGAGAAAUUCCUCCAACAACUGAUACUAUACGCGGCCAGCGCCGCUCUGAGUUGCUUGGUGCUUUUCGCCGGCCUCCGACACCUAGACCCGAACCGAGAAGCAUCCAAGAAAGCGCUCCAGCACAAGAAGGAGAUAGCCAAGCGCUUGGGUCGCCCUCUCAUAAACACCACCCCCUACGAGGAUGUAAUAGCGUGUGAUGUUAUAAAUCCUGACCAUAUUGAUGUGAAAUUUGAUUCUAUUGGAGGACUGGAAGCCAUCAAACAAGCUCUGUAUGAACUUGUGAUUCUUCCAUUGCGGAGACCCGAGUUGUUUUCGCGUGGAAAGCUUCUCAGUCCUCAAAAAGGGGUUUUGUUAUAUGGUCCCCCUGGGACCGGAAAGACCAUGCUCGCCAAAGCUAUUGCGAAGGAGUCCGGUGCUGUCUUUAUCAAUGUGAGGAUAUCAAAUUUGAUGAGCAAGUGGUUUGGUGAUGCACAAAAACUUGUUGCUGCUGUUUUUAGCUUGGCCUAUAAACUCCAGCCAGCUAUUAUAUUUAUUGAUGAGGUUGACAGUUUUUUGGGACAGCGUCGUGGUACAGAUCAUGAAGCAUUAGCAAACAUGAAGACUGAAUUCAUGUCUCUAUGGGAUGGAUUUACCACAGAUCAAAAUGCAAGGGUAAUGGUUCUUGCUGCAACAAAUCGUCCAUCAGAACUAGAUGAAGCUAUACUUAGGCGUCUUCCACAGGCCUUUGAGAUUGGGAUACCUGAUCAAAGAGAGAGGGUUGAGAUUCUGAAGGUGAUAUUGAAGGGUGAGAGGGUUGAAGAAAAUAUUGACUAUGACCAUAUAGCAAGUUUGUGUGAAGGGUACACUGGUUCAGAUCUCAUGGAGCUCUGCAAGAAAGCAGCAUAUUUUCCCAUUAGGGAUCUACUAGACGAGGAGAAGAAAGGAAAAAAAUCCAGUGAACCAAGGCUGUUAUCACAGUUUGAUUUGGAGAGAGUACUUGCUACAUCAACAAAGGCUGGGGUUGCUGCAAACGAGUAUGGUAGGUUAAGUUCACAGUUAUCUAGGUGGUCAAGGAGGGAUCCAGAUGAUUACCAGGUUCAAGCUACAAUUAAUGAACUCUCUAGGCUUGUUGUUUCCCAAAUUGUUAACCUUCAAUCAGAUUCCCAGGACCCUGGAAAUUCUUAGCCCCCAUGGUUUUGUAAGAUUAUGCCCAGAGAAAUUUUUUUGUUUCUUGUUUCUUUUUUCCUCAUCGGCAUCUACCAUGACAUUGAAUGGCAUACUAAUAGGAUUGUUAUGGUUGGCAGGAUUAGAUUCAACAUUUUUGAGUCAUCUGAGAAUAUCUUUUCUUUUUCUAGGGAUGUAACAAUUACAAUUAAGCCUGGUAAUAUAAUUAGUGAAUAUUCUUUACUGGCAAUAUUCUUUAAUCAACAUUUUGGAGUCAUCUGAAAUGUGAUGGUUUUAUCAUUUCUUAUUAUUUUCGGACUAUCUUUGUUCAUAUGAUCUGCAACAGGUUGCAACUUUGUGAUUUUAGAGCUGACUGGACUUUUGGUUUGGCUUUAUAGGUCGUAACAAACCUCUGGGUUCUCUACUGGCGCCUUCGGGUCCUUCGACUGUGAGGAGAACCCAGAAUUAGUCUCUCAAUACAUGUCGAAACAGACC